CGGCGGCGUCGAGACGCUCGCUCGUUCUCUCAGUGUAAGAGAGGCGUCGGUGGAGGACGCAAGGUUUGCAAAGAACUCUUUUUCGAAAGUGAGAAGACUCGAACGAACCGACGCAAGAAGAAAGCGUGCACGAGGGAGGAGAUAUAAAAAGAAAUAGAAAGAGAGAGAGAAAGAGAGAAAGAGAGAUAGAUAAAAAGAGACACGAGAGAAACAGAAAGAGAAAGAGAAAGAGAGAGAAAGAGACUGAGAGGGGUGAACGAUAGGAGAGAUAAAGAUAAAGAGAGGGAUAGAAAUAUACAAGAGAAGAAGAAGAAGAACAAGAAGAACAAGAACAAGAAGAGGAAGAGGAAGAGGGGGAAAGUAAAGAAGCGCACACCGACGUCCAAAACGAGAUCUUCUCACGAACGAACGACCGACCUACCGACCGACCGACUGAAAAUCAACAAGAAUUAUUAUAUUAUUAUUAUUUUUCUUUCUUUUUCUUCUUUUUCAUUAUUUCAUUUGAUUUGACUUGAUUUGAUUGGAUUUUUUUUUUUUUUUAAUUUUACAAUCAUCGUCAUCCCUUCUUCGAUCAAUUUCUUUUCUGUUUUUUUCUUUUCUUUUUUUUUUUUCUUUCGGUCUUAUUGAUCUUCUUUUUCUUUGUUUUUUUUUUUGUCGUGAAUCUUUACCGCGCGAUCCGAACUUUUGUUCUUUAUUUCUUCCUCCACUUUUUCAUUUCCUCUUCCCUUCGAUUUUUUGACGACGAGACGAUUAUAUUAUAAGAAAACGAACGCAUUUGAACGAAUAACUUAACGAGACAGGAACGACGAGCUAUGGCAGCCACCGCCAUGGAUCCAGUCGACAUUGCGAAUAUCCUCGCGCAGGAACUGCUUUAUCAGCAGUUGGUAUCUCUCGACGGCUUGCACAGUGGUGUACCAACAAGAACUACGCCAACAUUGACACCGACGACACUGAGAAGUAUCGAGCAGACUUUCCUCGAGCUUACCAGCGAAACAGGGUCCCAUAGUCGAGAGGCCGGUUUCGUACCACCUUUGGUCGAACCUUCUCAACCAACUCCAGCUCAAACACAAAAUCUGGCGACGCAUCACAACAAUCCUGCGAGUACUCUGAUCGAUAGUCAACAGACGUUACCUCAGCAGCCGGAACAACAGCAACAACCACAGCAACAGCAACAGCAACAACAGCAGCAGCAACAACAACAGCAACAGGCAACGAAACGCAAUAUGGGUGGUAGGAGACCAAACAGGACGAUUGGUAUGACACCCGAAGAAGAAAAGAGACGACAGAUAAGAAGAGAGAGAAAUAAAAUGGCAGCUGCUAGGUGUCGCAAGCGAAGAAUGGAUCACACCAAUGCCCUGCUAGAAGAAACAGAGGGCUUGGAACAGAAGAAGCAAAGCUUGCAGGACGAGAUUCAUCAGUUGCAGCAGGCCAAAGACGAGCUCGAGUUUAUUCUCGAAGCUCACAGAGCUGUUUGUCGACUUCGUUCCUCAUCUCCGCCUGACGUGAAGCCUGUGAUAAAGCCGGAAAUACCGCUCGAGGAUCAAUUCGCUGAACCUACGAAGCGCGACACCUUGACGGCCGCAAGACCUAGCAGACCAAAUUCUUUGCCAGUUGGAUUUGACAAUAACAACAGACCAAAUUCGUUGUCGAUCUUUAGCGAGCCUAAGGACAGACCGGAUUCAUUGACCUUCAAGACGGUAGAAACACCGUCAUUCAUGAAACCAUCGUUAGAUGUUGCCGGUAUGCCGAUAACAACACCAACCAGCGGUAUACCAUUCAAUUUUGACUCCCUGAUGGAAGGUGGGACCGGCUUGACGCCAGUUUCGACACCUCUAAUACCAUCCUGCUCGACGCAACAAAGGAAUAAUCUCUCCGCCGUAGAUCUUAGCUCUCCAGAUGCUAAUCCACCGAAACUCGUGAGCUUGUGACGCCAAGAAGACGUCAUUGAAUAUGGGUCGAACGAGGACGAUCCUGAAUGAAAUCGUGGCGCGCGUGGAUUUAUCUCGCUUGCCAUUCAUUAUUUAGGAAGACGAUGACGAUGAUGACGAUGAUGACGAAGAGAAACUUUCUGUGUGUACGUGUGCUUUAUUCGCCUCGAGAGAUCUAGAGGAGAAAUAGAAAGAGACAAUUAUAUAAAUACCAAUGGAGAAUGAGAGAAAUUAAGAGAGAAAGAAAAAGGAAAGAGAGAGAGAGAGGGGCGUUGCCCUUUUUAUCUCGGACGUUUUCUACGUCGCAGACAUCACGAGUUGCCAUAAAUAAGAAAUAUUACAUACUACGUUGUAUUUUUCUCUCUUCGACCGUCCCCACAAGUCUCUGGGAUCGGUUUGUUUACUUUUCUCUUUCUCUCUCUCUCUCUCUCUCUCUCUCUCUUUCUUUUUCAAUAAAAUAGAAAAGGAAGAAAACAAUUCUUCUAACGUUGCGUUGUUAUAUCUUUUUCUCUCUCGUACGUUUGUGCAAUAUACACACAUAAAUACACGCGUACACACGUACACCACAUAAUAUACACAAAACACACCACGUACACACCAGCAAUAUUAUACAAACAUAACGACGCCAUUCGUUUCCUUCUUCGUGUCCGUCGAGCAGCAGCAACAGAUCGUUCUCCUUUUUGAUUUUUCUAUCUUGCAAUACGCCAAGGAAGAAUUGAGAUCUACGGAGUUGCGCCUGUAAAAAUUCAGAGGUAAAAAAGAGAAAUAAAUUGUUUUUUUUUUCCUUUGGGGUGUCGUUGAUAGAAGGGAGUAUUUUUAUUAAGGUACGUUAUUACGUACGUUGUCGGGAAAAUAAGUCGUCAUCUUCGAUUAUUAAUUAAAUCAGAUCAAUCGAAGAGCGUAUUUUGAUAUGUAUUUAAGGUAAAGCUUUGUGAUCUUGAUCUUUUUAUGAUACGUUGAUUCCGUUUUAAUAACUUAAAGUGGAACAACGAUUUUGACUUCAUUAUUAUUAACGAUCGUAUUGUAAACGAAUUACUGAUCGAUUUGAAGAUAUAUUUUCUACAUUUCCCAAAGCGAAUAAAAGGAUAGGCAAACGUGGUUGGUUUCUUAUUGUCAUUAUUCGAAGGCGUAAAUAUUAAACAGAGAAAGUCAUACUUUUAAUUGCGAGCACCGGUGUGCAGGUGUAGUAGCGGAAGCAUCUGCAUACAAGUGAUAAUAAGUAUAUAUAUAUAUAUAUUUAAAUUUUUUAAGUAAUGCAAAUAAAUUAGAAUUAAUAUGAGCAUAAGAUAUUUGUCUCUUUUUUUAUUAUUACUAUUAUUAUUAUUAUUAUUAUUAUUAUUAUUAUUAUUAUUAUUAUUAUUAUUAUUAUUAUAUUAUUAUUAUAUUAUUAUUAUUAGAUAAUUAAACCAAGAGCGAACAGAUUUUAUACUAUAGUUAUAUACUGACCGAAAGUUUAGAAUGUAAGGAAAAAAGAUUAGCUUGUAAGAAAAAGAAUUAAAAGAAAAUAAUUAUUUGUCAGAGCGGAUUGAUUUUCAAGCAUGAACUAACUAAUUGUACAAACGUUUUUUACGUGAUAAAAACAAAGAUUACAUUAAAGGGAGUCUGCUGCUGUUUACGUCGUCCGCUCUGUAUUUUUUAGAUUUUGUAUGCAACAGUGAUUGUUAGAGAAUUCAAUCGAUACUAAAUAACAUUUAAUCCCUCCAUACAUAUAAUAUAUAUAUACAUAUAUAUAUAUAUAUACAUAUAUUUUACUAUGUAUGACCUUUUUGCAUGAUCCUAAGCAAUAUUAAUAUAUUUAUAUGCGACUGCUACUCGUGGUGCUGGUAAGUCUCAACAAGAUUUUUUUAAUAGUGCGCUUAAAUUGCUCUAGUUUAAUAAUAACAACCUUAAUUGUGCUUUCCAACAUCGUGUGUAGUGGUCCGCGAAAUUGACAUUUGUAAAUGAAGAUUGUAAUGCACCAUUCAUAAUGUUGCGAUAUAUUUUGAUUAGACCAAGCCAAUAACCAGGUGAAGAAAUUGUAAUAAUUGAAAAUAAUAAUUAUGAAAAUUUA